CUGAAAGUACAGCUGGCAGGAUCAUGACAGACUCAAGUAGCAGAAAGGAAGCAUUUAAAAAAUGCCAGAGUGCUACAUUCAGUAUCGAUGGAUAUAACUUUAAAAUUGGGUCUAAACCACAAAACUGCUUGUGGAACACCAUUAUCGGUUGGCUGACCAGCAACGUCAAGGAAUGGCCAAAGCUGACCAUUACCAGUGACCCUAGACCUCCUGAAGAAAUUUUAGCAGAUCAACUACUGCCAGUGGACAGUCCUGAGGCAUUGGUAAAAACAUCUUUCAGGAGAAAAUAUAAGAAAACAUCACAGAGGUUGCGGUCUUUGGUAAAGCAAUUAGAGAGAGGGGAAGCUUCAGUUGUAGAUCUAAAGAAGAAUUUGGAAUAUGCAGCAACUGUUCUUGAGUCAAUAUACAUUGAUGAAACUAGGCAUUUACUGGACACAGAAGAUGAACUCAGUGAUAUCCAUUCUGACUCUGUGCCCUCAGAAGUCCGUGACUGGUUGGCUUCUACCUUCACACGGCAAAUGGGGAUGAUUCUCAAAAGGACUGAGGAAAAACCCCGGUUCAGGAGUAUUGUCCAUGCAGUGCAGGCUGGGAUAUUUGUGGAAAGAAUGUACAGGCGUACCUCAAAUAUGGUCGGCUUGAGCUACCCACCAGCUGUAAUUGGAGUGCUAAAGAAUGUAGACAAGUGGUCCUUUGAUGUAUUUGCACUAAAUGAUGCCAGUGGGGAUCAUGCACUGAAAUUUAUUUUCUAUGAACUUCUCACACGCUAUGAUCUGAUCAACCGUUUCAAGAUUCCUAUUUCUGCCUUGGUGUCUUUUGUGGAAGCUCUGGAGGUGGGCUACAGUAAACACAAAAAUCCUUAUCACAACCUAGUGCAUGCUGCAGAUGUCACACAGACAGUCCAUUACCUCCUUUUCAAGACAGGCACAGUGCACUGGCUGACAGAGCUGGAGAUCUUCGCUAUGAUUUUCGCAGCUGCCAUACAUGACUAUGAACACACUGGAACCACCAACAAUUUUCACAUCCAGACAAGGUCAGACUCAGCCAUUCUCUAUAAUGACCGGUCUGUGCUUGAAAAUCACCAUGUUAGUGCAGCGUAUCAUCUUUUGCAAGAUGAUGAAGAGAUGAAUAUUUUAUCUAAUCUCUCAAAGGAUGAUUGGAGGGAAUUUAGAGCUCUAGUCAUUGAGACGGUGUUGGCUACUGAUAUGUCCUGUCACUUCCAGCAAAUCAAAGCUAUGAAGAAUGCUUUGCAGCAACCAGAAGGAAUUGACAAGCCAAAAGCCUUAUCACUGUUAUUACAUACAGCAGAUAUCAGUCAUCCAGCCAAGACCUGGGAUCUCCAUCAUCGCUGGACCAUGUGUCUGCUAGAGGAGUUCUUCAGACAGGGUGACAAAGAAGCAGAACUAGGGCUGCCCUUCUCUCCUCUGUGUGAUCGGAAAUCUACUAUGGUUGCUCAGUCUCAAAUAGGUUUCAUUGACUUCAUUGUGGAACCCACCUUUACUGUGCUGACUGACAUGGCAGAGAAAAUUGUGACUCCGCUAAUUGAUGAAGCUUCCCACUCUGGCAUGUCUGGAUUUAGGCGUUCCAGUUUGAAUAGCAUUAGUCUCUCUGAAGUUAAAAGAUCAAGUGUUAAGACCACUGAGUCCGAAGGAAGUGCCUCACUCAACUGCUCCAUACUCACUGGGGACUUCAAAUGUUUUAAAACCACCUGGACUGAGGUGGUGCAGCAGAACAGGGAGAAAUGGAAAGCACAAGCCAGCAAAGAAGAAAAAGCUAAGAAAGAAGCAGAAGAGAAUGUUUAUCAGGGAACAGAUGAAAAGGAAGGAGAUGAACAGGAUGGGAAGCCAGGUGAAGAUGUCACAGAAGCAAAGACAGAAAACAGCAAAGAACCAAAUCAUGGAGAAAGCAAAAGUGCAGAUUCCAGUAAGAAUCCUGUCAAUGGCACUUGGCAGAGUGGUAUGAGCAAACACGAACCCUACCAAGGGAAAAACGCACCUAGGACAGAUAAGAAAAUGUAUCUUCAUCAUACUGUGGGGGAAGAGAAACAGCAUGUCCAGAAUGGUGAAUUAAAGGAAGACAACAAAUUGGACAGAAAAGAUAAGUUUAGUGUGGGGGAUGAAUCAAAGAAAACAGAUGCCAUCAAACCUCAAUUGCAAUACCUCAGGAGGCCUACUCACAACCUUGGAGAUUAUUUCCCUGCCUUACACAAGAAAUUGGAGGAACGUCCGGUGAGAGAUGCUCUUGCUGGUCAGUUUCUCUGCAUACAAGAAUACUGUAAUGCCAUGUGUAAAAAGUGUAAUCUCAAAAGGUGA